CGGGCAACAGCAACCAAGCACUUUACAUCUGACUCACAACUGGCUGUGGAAGAAGCCCAUCCUCCCCUUCGAAACAAACAAAGAGCUUUUUUCUCUCCAAGAAGCUGGGAAACAGAGACGAAAAACAUGUCUGCCAUCCUCCCAUCCAUCGAGCUCACACUCGUCCUCGCCGCCACGCGCGACAUGGGCAUUGGUCUCAACGGUGGCCUUCCAUGGACUGGUCUCAAGAAAGAGAUGGCCUACUUUGCUCGCGUAACCAAGAGGUUGCCCAGUCAGCUCGCCGGUACCAAAGCCCUCAACGCCGUCAUAAUGGGCCGCAAAACAUGGGAGUCUAUUCCGCCCAAGUUCCGUCCUCUCAAAGGUCGUCUGAACAUCGUCAUCAGUCGCUCAGUCACUUCAUCUCCCUCUCUUUCCUCUCCGUCUUCGUCUUCUUCUUCUUCUUCUGAAGUAGAAGAGGGACCGGUCAUGGCUUCUUCCCUCGAGCAAGCUAUCGAGUAUCUUCACCAUUGCCAGCAGCAGCAGCAGCAGCAGCAGCAGCAGCAGCAGCAAGAGCAACAACAAAAAGUUGGCAAGGUAUUUGUGAUUGGCGGCGGACAAAUCUACGGCGCGGCGCUGAAGCUACCCAAGGAGGUAAGCAAGCGGAUCUUGUUGACGAGGGUCUUGAGUCCGGAGUUUGAGUGUGAUACGUUUUUUCCUUUGGAGUUGAAGGAGGAAGGGGAGGCAUCAGGAUCUGAGGAAUGGGUGAGGAAGAGCAAAGAGGAGUUGGACCAGUUUGUGGGCGAGGAGGUUCCCGAGGGAUUGCAAGUCGAAAAUGGGACGGAGUAUGAGUUUCAGAUGUGGGAGAGGAGGUAGAACGUCACUGAAUGCAUGAUGACAGUGUUUUUUAUUUCGUGCCUCUUAAUUCCCCAGACUAUGGUAUCUACAUCUUAUGCUUAGCUGCAGCACUUUUAGGUUCACCCUACAUAUGAACAUCCAUCCAUCCAUCC